ACACUCCCCACCCGACAGGCCGGCACUCGACGGCGAUGCUCGUACGGGCUGCAUCUCAAGAUAAGCAAAACACAGAAGAGGAGCUCGGAGGCGGCCAUGGUUUGAGACGAGCCGUCUCAGCCGUCGGAGGUGCACAUCCACGGUCGACGCAGAGCAGACCACCCCACCAUCGUAGGCUACCUAAAUCUUAUAUCUUUUCCAUGAAAAGAGCAUGAAUAUUCUGAAGCACAACUUCCCCACCCACUGUUACCCUCUGCGCCGCCUCCAUCAACCCUCUCUCCGCCCUCACUUUCUCAAUUUUGCCUCUCUCGGCAGAAGUUUCCGACUCCCCUCAUCCAUUUCCGCUACCCCUUACUCUCUCACCAAGUCUGCAGAGACUUCGAAGGUUUUAGCAAUCCCAAUAUCGAUUGGGAAGGAUGAAGAGAGGGAGACCGAAGAUUUUGAGGAGUACUUGGCAGAAGAUGGAGAGGUUUAUCAGAAGACAUUGAGAUUGGUCGAGUGUGCAAUGUUUGCUGCUGUCUCUGCUUUGGCAUUUCUCUUGAGCAACUCUCUAGCCAUUGAGAAAUACUUUGCAUGUUUCUUUGCUUUGCCGAUAGUCCUUUCAACAAUGAGAUGGGGUGUUGGAGCUGGCAGGAAAACCAUGGUGGCAACUACUGUAUUAUUGUUUGUCUUAUCUGGUCCGGUGAAAGCAGUUACUUAUUUGAGAACACCUGUCUUUCACAACAAAAAGUCUGCCCUUGAGAACACUGAACCAAACAACAGGGGCAUUCUUUAUAAAUUUCUAAAAUUAGCUGUUUCUUUGUCAUUAGUUAUUUCAUGGCUUGCUUGGUCUAGCGAUGGGUACCUUUUGGAGGUUAGAUCUAUAGGAGCUCUGGGAAAUGUGGUGAUUGCCUCAUAUCUAAUUGGAGAAAAUAUAUUGGCAUUGAUCACUAUAAAUCUUCAUGCUCUUGUCACAUAUAUCCUCUCUGGCUUUGGCUGCAUCUCAGUCCCAUCAAUGAAUUUUAUAUACUUCAUUUUCGGGCUUCUUCUCUUGCUCAAUUCUGGUGUCUUUGUGUUCCUGCUUCAUCUUUUAUAUGCUCUAUUUUUUACGAGGCUUGGGAUGAAGGCUUCACUCAGACUACCAAAAUGGCUACAGGCUGCAAUAUAAACCGAUUCAGAUGACCAAUGGAUAAAAUUUCAAUGUUUGUGUCUGAAAUUCUUUCAAUUAACCCUUUGACAUGUGCAUCCUCAGUGAACAUCCCUCUAUUUUAGGAAAGAAUUAACACUUUGACAUCUGCAUCCUCAUCCUCAGUGAACAUCCCUCUUUUUUAGGAUUUGCAAAGUGACUUAGGGGUUCUUGUUUGCAAAAUAUUUCACUCACAUUUAAUCCAUAUUCAAAAUAUAAUCCAACUUUAAUCA